AUGGAGACGGCCGAGGGCCGCCCGGCGGUGGCGGCGACGCUGCGGGCGCUGAGCGAGGCGCUGGGCGGCCCGGCGGGGCUGUGGGUGAAGGAGAGCAGCGCCCGCAACCUGCGGCACCGGGACUUCCUGGCGCCGCGCGCCGCGCUCAGGGCAGCCUUCAGCGGGGGGCAGCGUCAGCGUCGGGCCCCGGCGCGCUGCGGGUGCGGGGCUGCCAGCAGACGGGCGCGGGGCUGGCCGUGCAGCUGCGGCGCCCCGAGGCCUUCCGCCAACUGCUGGGCCCCCCGCCCGCCACGCAGCCCCCGCCCGCUGCGAGGCCGGGCAGGGCAGGAGCCGGGGCAGGAGGCGGUGGUGCUGCACUACCCGGCCCUGCGCCGCCCUGCUGCCCUGGCGCCCCGCCACCUGCGCCCCGUGCUGCUCGCCGACCACCUGGCCCAGCUGCUGCGUGCUCAGGGGGUCAGCGCCCACCUGGUCCCUGCUGUCAGCGAGCAGGGGAGCCUGGAGGUGCUGCGGCAGCUCCGUGUGGAGUGGCCCUGCGGUGGUGCCGCCAGCCCUGACACUGUCUCAGCCUUGAAGCAAGCGCUCAGCCGCUGUCCCUAUGCCGCAGCAUGUGAGCCAGGCGCAGCCUCGCUGCCGGAGGAUGUGGUCUGUAAAGUGCACCUGAAGAGCUUCAUUCAGCAGCAGGGCUUGCGGGGCUAUGACCCCAACCUGGAUGUCCUUCUUGUGACAGAGGGGAAGCUGCGGUCCCUGGCUGAGCUGCAGCAGGCCGUUCUGCAGUGCACGGCUGAAGGCCAGGGAAGCCGCUGCAGCGUCGUGCACGUGGUGAGCUGCGAGGAGGAAUUCCAGCAGCAGCAGAUGGACCUGCUCUGGAGGAUUUUGGAUCCAGGAGCCCACACAGCUUCGCAGAAGCACCUUGUCUGUGGGCCAGUGAAGGUGACGAACCCCUCGUUCCCCAUCGGGGCAGACCAGUACUUUCAGCUCCGAAAGCGCCAGAUGUACGAUGCCUCCGUGAUGAAGUAUGGGGAGCUCGCGCACGACGAGGCCUGGACGGAGGUGAUCGAUACCCUCACGGUGGCUGCCAUCAGGUUUGAGCUGCUGAGCACCGCGCACCGCAGCCAGCUCACCCUGGACCUGGAGGCCAGCAGCAUCUCCACAAAGGGAACCAAGAGCGGCGCCUUCGUGAUGUACAACUGUGCCCGGCUGGCCACGCUGUUCGACACCUACCAGCGGGCUGUGGAGCAGGGAACGUACCCACCUCUGCCACCAGCGUCCACGCUGAACUUUUCCUGCCUCCGGGAAGAGGGAGAAUGGCUCCUGCUUUUCAACUACCUCCUGCCCUUCCCUGAAGUCCUGCAGCAAGCAGCACAGCUGCCCGCACCCAGCAAGGGGCUCCGGAUCACAGCCAACACCGAGGCAGUGUGCAAGUUCCUGAUCCAGCUCAGCAUGGACUUCAGCUCCUACUACAACCGGGUGCACAUUCUUGGGGAGCCCUUCCCUCACCUCUUUGACCAGAUGUUUGCCCGCCUCCAGCUGCUGGGAGCAGUGAGAGAUGUGUUCCACCGUGCCCUGGCGACGCUGCACCUCCCUCCUCUCAGCCAGAUCUGAGCCGCCCCCCCUCGAGGAGUGGCACCACGGAGGGACAGCCACCAGCACCCCCAGGGGAAGGACAGUCACGGGGCAGGGAGUUCAGGCACACCUGAACCUGUCAUCUGAACCCGUCGUGGUGCCUCCCCCUUCCCAGACUGUGUUCUGAGGGUCUGGGGACAUGCCCAGGGUGGGCGAUGGACAAGAGCCUGCAGCGUCCCAGGGCACAAGGAGGUGGUGCAGCAGGCAGCCCUGGGGACCAGCACACCCACAACACCAGGCACCGAUCUCCAAAGCCAUUUAUUGAAGGGCAGCUCUGCUGGCAGAGAGCUCCUGCAGCCAGAGGGCUGCCAGGACAGAACCUUUGGUCCAACAGGUCCAAUACAGGCGUUGCUGGACAAA